AUGCAGCGCCUUGUUAAACUCAUAUGUCUGUUCGCGAUUGUGCGAUCGGCUCAUUCGCAAAGCUGUUCUCCAUCAAUUAUUACAGUCAACGUAGAAAAUGGGGACCUGCUUCUUGAUAAGACUCAAGUGUGUUCCUGUUUUAAACCUAAAAACGAGACCGGAGGGGAUACCUGCGAUUACGGAAUCAGAGAACUCGAAGGAAAACUUCACAUCAGUCUCAAAGUACUAUGCGCCGAAGCGUGUGUGAGAGGCCGUGACAAUAAAAGCAUCGAAAUAAUCAGUGACGGAAAACGUGACCCUACGAAACCUACUCCUGGCGAGCUUUUGGACAAAGAAAAUGGUACUGAACCAAAUCCAUUGCCCCCAAUAACCAUGGGAGAUGAGAAAACGGGAGGAAACGAUAGUUUAACCUCAAUUUCGUCGCUUGGCUCUUCUCCUACAGGUAAAGUACGAGAAGAUGAAAUAAAAAAUAAAAACGAUACAAAAAAAUCAGGAGAGGACGCCCCUAAAAAUGCUACUGAGAGUACCCCAAAACUAACCGAUGACAAGAAAAAUGUAAACGUUACAAAAACAUCAGGAGAGGAGGCUACUGAAAGGGAUGCUGAGAGUAACCCAAAACUAACAGAUGACAAGAAAAAUGUAAACGUUACAAAAACAUCCGGAGGGGAGCCCACUGAAAGAGCUACUGAGAGUACCCCAAAACUAACAGAUGACAAAAAAAAUGUAAACGUUACAACAACCUCAGGAGAGGAGGCCACUGAAAGGGGUACUGAGAAUAUCCCAAAACUAGCAGAUGACAAGAAAAAUGUAAACGUUACAAAAAAAUCAGGAGAGGAGGCAACUGAAAGAGCUACUGAGAGUACAUCAGGAGAGGGGGAAAUCCAGAAACAAAAAUUGGGGGCUGAAAACGGCAGUACUGGCUACACGACGGGUUCGGUUGUCCUGUUUUUCUUCUGCGGCUUGUUAGUUGGAGUCUUCUUGAUCUUCGCCACUAAAUACGCUUAUUCCAAAUAUAAGGCCGCUGAAUAUGACGUUGAGCGACGUCCAGCA